CCAAAUGAUGGCACCACAAGCUCAGCUGAGACUGGACGAGAGCGUCCUCCUCCAUGUUGUGCACCCUGGCCCUCCCGGGCUCUGCGCCAGUGGGCAAACCUCCCCUGCUCCAGUUGUUCUGGGCCAGGGCUGAGGGCACAGCCUCACAGACACCUGGCCUCGUCCAUCCACAAAAACAAAGCUAGGAAAUUUCCGCCUGCCCCAGCCCUGGCAGCCACAUGUCCUGCCGCUGUGACCAGGCAGGGACAAGCAUGUGGGCUCCAGGUAUGGGACUUCCCAAGUCCAGGGUUUAGGUCACCCUGGCGAAUCAAAUCACUCUGCAAGCAGAUGCCAUGGGUCUCCUCUCACGCUGGACAGCAGGCAAGGUCAGUGUCAGCAGAUCUGACCCUAAAAAUAGGCUCUGUGCUGCCAGUCAGGGUGUAUAGCCGCCACAUGCCCCACUGACCAGCACCUCCUGAGCCGGACGGGCCCCACGCACACAGGCCUGGCUCCCCGGACAAUCUUCACAGGCUCAAGGGUUCCAUCGAGAUUUAAUUCCCCACUGAAGGGAACUGUGCAUCCCUCCCCCUGCUUCUCCAAUUUGCCAACUUAGACAGCAAAACAGUUCAGCAAACUCCAGGUACUAGAGCAAUUCAUCAAUGAACACUCCAGGCCACAUCUCUAAAAGAAAAUGUAAUCGUCCUCUGCCUCUGCUGCACAUCUGCUGUUGGAUCUACACUCUGAGCACUCUGAGAAGCUGCGGGCCCUGCUUCGGACAGAUGGCGACGGCCACCACGCUUGCUCUUCCACCACAAAGCAGUCGCUUGUGUGUCGCCUCAGUUGUCAGCAGCCGGGGCUCAGCGAGGACUCAGCAGCUCCCCAGCUGCAGAAAGGAGAGAAAAUCCCUCGGCUCUAAAAUGGCAUCCGGAGAAGCUAAGACAAGCCUCAAGAAUGCCUACCCGACUGCCAAGAAGCUGUUCCCCAAGGCAGAAGAGGGAGAGGCGGAGGCCGACUACUGCACCCCCGGGGCCUUCGAGCUGGAGCGGCUCUUCUGGAAGGGCAGUCCCCAGUACACCCACGUCAACGAGGUCUGGCCCCAGCUCUACAUCGGCGAUGAGGCGACGGCGCUGGACCGCUAUGGACUGCAGAAGGCGGGCUUCACGCACGUGCUGAACGCCGCCCACGGCCGCUGGAACGUAGACACCGGGCCCGACUACUACCGCGACAUGCCCAUCGAGUACCACGGCGUGGAGGCCGACGACCUGCCGACCUUCGACCUCAGUGUCUUCUUCUACUCGGCAGCCGCCUUCAUCGACUCCGCGCUCCGCGACGACCACAAUAAGAUCCUGGUUCACUGCGCCAUGGGCCGCAGCCGCUCGGCCACCCUGGUCCUGGCCUACCUGAUGAUCCACAGGAACAUGACCCUGGUGGACGCCAUCCAACAAGUGGCCAAGAACCGCUGUGUCCUCCCCAACCGGGGCUUCCUGAAGCAGCUGCGAGAACUGGACAGGCAGCUGGUGCAGCAGAGGCGACAGGCCCAGCGCGGCGAAGGCGACGGUGAGGAGGCCCAGGACGGCGCGCAGUAGGGCCCUCGACGCGGGCGCUGCGCCGGGACUCUGGGGACGGACGCGGGAGGCGAAGGCCGAGGAGGCCGAGGGCCUGGCUGGUCUCGGAGCAGAGACGCAAGGGCCUGGCCGGGCCUCUCCGCGCGUGCUCGGCUGCUUCCCGAGAGCGCAGGGAGCGGAGCGGGCUGGGCACCAGCAGCUGAGUCGGGGCCUGGCCGCCUGCGUGGUCUCCUGCCCGCGCGCGCUCACUCCCUCACCCGGCCUCCUGUGUGUUUAUUUUUAGUAAGAUGGAAACAGGCACGGAUUAUACAAUGUGUGGGCAUUGUGCUCUGAUUAAACAUCUGGCUUUGUUUUAAAGUCA